CACUUUUUUUCUUGUGUGCUGAAGUAACUGUCAGUUGUGGCAGGAAGUGAACACUUCACAUGAACUUCUAUCUUGAACGCAACAUUUUCAGCAUCUAAAAUGCCACAGGCAGUGAAGAUCAUUCUGCUGCUGUUAUUUGGACAAUAUGUCUACUCUGAGGAGGAGUGUAUAAAAUCAUUAGUGUUGUCAUGUAAUGACUGCAUUAAGUCUGGACCAGGAUGUUCCUGGUGCCAGCACUUGAAUUUCACCAAGCCUGGUGAACCAGAAGCAGUACGGUGUGACACAGUGAAGAAGCUUAAAGAAAAAGGCUGCCCAGAGCAAAAGAUAAUCAACCCACCCAGUGCCCUUGAUGUUAUUCAGAACAAACCACUUUCAGGGAAAGAAAAAACAAAAACUCCAGUUCAGGUGCAGCCACAAGAAAUUGAACUCAAUUUACGACCAGGUGAAGCCUACACAUUCCAAUUCAAAUUUAAAAGGGCAGAGGGUUACCCUGUUGAUCUAUACUAUCUAAUGGAUUUGUCGUACUCAAUGGAUGAUGACUUGAAGAAUGUGAAAUCCUUGGGAAUAGAAAUACUUAACAAGCUGCAGGAAAUCACUGGAAAUGCAAGGAUAGGCUUUGGCUCAUUUGUUGAUAAAACACUUCUUCCAUUCACGGAUACAACUAAAGAGAAGUUAAAAAAGCCUUGUCCAGCCAAAGCACUGGAAUGUCAGCCAGCAUUUGGUUAUCAGCAUGUCCUCAGUCUAACACAGGAUAGGAAACAAUACACUGAUAUGGUCUCUAGACAGAAAAUAUCUGGCAACUUGGACACGCCAGAAGGAGGUCUGGAUGCCAUCAUGCAAGUUGUUACCUGUGUGGAUAUAAUUGGCUGGGGAAACAGCACACGGCUGCUGGUGCUGGCCACUGAUGCUGGCUUCCACAUGGCAGGUGAUGGGAAACUUGCUGGCAUCCUUGAACCCAACAAAGAGACUUGUCAGCUGGAUAAUAACAACAUGUACAGCAUGAGCAACGUUUGGGAUUACCCAUCAGUUGGUCAGAUAGCCAGGAAGUUGGAAGAGAAAAACAUACAGCCGAUUUUUGCUGUAACUAAAGAUGUAGCACAUAUAUAUAAAGAGCUGAGUAAACUGAUUCCUAAAUCGGAAGUUGGAGUACUUAGUGCGGAUUCAGGGAAUGUGGUAAAGCUAAUUGUGGAUGCAUACAAUAAACUCUCCUCUAAUAUAAUUGUGACCCAUGAUGAACUCCCAGAAGACAUAUCUGUCCUAUUCACAUCUAAUUGUGAUGGAGGAGGGAGGCCUAGUGAGAAAGGGACAUGCAACAAUGUCGGCAUUGGACAGGAGGUGGUUUUCACAGUAACUGUAAAGGCAGCCAAAUGCCUAAAGGCAAAGUCCUUUAACAUUGGUCCUUUGGGGUUCAAUGAAAAACUGAAAGUUUUGGUUAAAACACGAUGUGAAUGUGAGUGCGACAAUCACCUUGGUGUACACGAGUUCUGUAAUGGACAUGGCACAAUUAACUGCGGAAUAUGCAGCUGUAAUGCUAGCUUCCUGGGACAGCGGUGUGAAUGCAGCUUGGGUCAGAAAGAUGAGGCCACACUGAAAGCUCAAUGCCGCAAAGACAAUGGGACAGAGUGUGAGGGCCGUGGAGAAUGCGAGUGUGGUGUGUGCAAGUGUUACCAAACUGAGGGAGGCAAAUCCUAUUAUGGUACUCACUGCGAAUGUGAUGAUGAACAUUGUGAAAAGUACCAAAACAAACUAUGUGGAGGUAAAGGAAAUUGCAGAUGUGGAAAAUGUAUAUGUCAAGAUGACUAUGAAGGAACAGCCUGUCAGUGCAUGAAAUCUGAUGAAAGUUGCUUGACGGGACAAACCGUGUGUAAUGGACGUGGCAAAUGUGUAUGCAACCAGUGUGAUUGUCAGAGGGGAUACAAGGGACUCAGAUGUGAGACGUGUCCCACAUGCGAAUUCCCAUGCCAACAGUCAGGGAACUGUGUUGAAUGCAAGGCAUUUGAGUCAGGACCAUUUGAGAAGAACUGCACUAAGUCCUGCACCCACUUAGAUGUUACAGUAGUAGAAAAACUAACUAAAAAGGAUUGCCAAGUGAAGGAUAGUUUGGGCUGCCGGAUGAGCUUCUCAAUGACUGUGAAAGAAGGAUUUGACAAUUAUGCUGUUAAAGUCCUCAAGGACAGAGAAUGUCCUGAGGGGCCACAAGUUGCAGCCAUCGUGGGUGGGUCUCUGGCUGCUGUUGCAGUGAUUGGACUUCUACUCCUCAUCCUCAUUAAGGCAAUAUUUUAUUUUAAAGACCUCAAAGAGUGGAAGAGGUUUGAAAAGGAAGCGCAGCGCCGUCAGUGGGCAAAAAGUGAAAAUCCAUUAUUCCAAAAGGCAACAACAACUGUGGCAAAUCCAGCAUUUACUGGAGACUCUUAAGGUAGUAAUGAAUCUUUGAAGGAAAAGUGAGUGAUUUAAAAUAAAUCCCAUGUAAAUGCAUUACACAUUACAGUCAGUCCAGUACUCAAGCAUGCUCUUCCAGUCCACAUUUUUGCACCAUCUUCAAUGCCGGGUAAUUAACACUGCUACUUGAACACCUGAGCACAGUAAUCAUUGUUCUGUAUCCCAUGACUGCUUCUCAGGGGUUUGGAUUGGGAUCCUCGGGGGAUUGAUUUGUGGCUGUGAAAUUGUAUUUUGCUUAUGUCUUAUUACAUAUUCAAUGGUUUAAUAUCUUAAUGUGCAUUGCUAAAUUGUUAUUCAGUGUCAGUUCUUUGGAUGUAAUUAUCACUUGUGACUUUUAUGUGUGUUUUUUUUUUGUGUGUGUGUGCACUAGUAAUGUAGUAACUAGUGCAGCACAUUUAAAA